AGAGCGUGGCCAGAUCGCGUGCGGCGCGUCGACCAGUUCGGACGUACUUUUGCUCCACAAAAGAUUUUUUGAAAGACAUAUAAAGCUCUUAACCGACGUCGAUCGGCGUUUGUAGAAUUUUUUUUUUUUGCAUUUCAUUUCAAUUCGUCUAUUAAAUCCUGGUCCUGUUGAACUCUUAUACAUAAACAAGGAAGACGAAGAAAAUGGAAUGCGGCCGAUAGACUUUACUGCGACGACCCUAACCUCGACGGUUGUUUACCGUUUCGCACAGGAUGUGGUUUGCGCGCGUGCCUUUUAAACACGUUUGUUUACACACGCCGGAUCGCUGUGACAAAAUUGACAGCAUGUGCGCGGCAACGAUAAUCCUUUGCUCCGUACUACGAAACAAAUGAAAUCUUUGCUCCGUUAUUACACGCGAGAGAACAUGCGGACAAUUCGUUUUGUGAUUUACCACACGCAAGCCGCACCAGCGGUUUGAAAAUCGAAUUUAAAAAUCCAAACGUGAUUGCAAAAAGCGUCAAGCGAAUUUUUCUAAUUAUGCAAAAUCGAAACAAAUUUGCACGAGGUUUUUAUUAAAGAAGAGAAAAUUAAUCACCUUGACGAGAUGAAUAACAAAAGAAAGACGAUGGAAGAUGACGGCAGCAGAGCGCUGGGAUUUAAAAGAGGAUUGGAAGCGGAUAAGAUUCUCGGCUCGGCGAAUGACAACGGAGAGUUGAUGUAUUUGAUACAAUGGAAAGGGACGGAUUCCGUCGACAUGGUGUCUGCCAAAGAAGCCAAUGCCAAGUGUCCUCAGAUCGUUAUCCGAUUUUACGAGGACAGGAUAACUUGGAGUAAGAGGAAGGUGAAAGCGUGAAGUGAACUUUCUUGAAAAAGCUAGAACCCUACACAUCCUUUAAGAAAUUGAACUUUCACCUAGAUGUAAUAAAUGUCCUUAAUGUGUGCGACUUUCUAUUUCGUGUUCUGUACAUGUAUUUAAUGAAUAUGCUCUUUUUUUUAAA